GGACUAUUAAAAAGACGUUUAUAUCAUGCCUGUUUCAUUCUGGGUAUUAUGCUGCUCCAAGUGUUCUAUGUUUCAAGUCCAUCAUCGUUUAAAGUCGAAAAAUUGGGUUUGUAAAGUUUGCUCUUGUAAGCAGUCAGUUCUAAAGGUUUUCGCAGAAGGGGCUGCUCAGGAAUGCCGUAAGGUUGUACAAAAAUUGAAUAAACAAGGUGCUCUUCGUCAGAUGACAAUGCACGAAAGAGAACUACAAUGGAAUCCAAACAAGGAUUUGCCUAAUGAAACUAUAUCCAUGUCCGAAGAUGACAGUACUUCAGUUCGAAAUAGCGAUACUACGGAUCCUAACGAGCAUUCGACAAUACAGUCACAGGAAAUCUCCUAUCGUUUACAUCCGUAUGCGAAACCGUCUGUUCCUCAAACAAAAAUAAGCAACAGUAACAAAAAAGACAUCUCAAUUCAGAAUUCUACGACUUCCAGUCAAACAAAUCCUUUCUCACCGCUUGAAGAAUCACAUACUGAUUCAUCUCAAAGAUUUACUUCAAAAUGGGAUAUCUACCUAUAACCUAUCUUUUAAACAAAAAUAAAAGUAUAAAAAAUUAACUAUUCUCGUCAGUAUUUAUCGUUUCUCGUUAAAAAUUC